AUGGUCAAGCAUUGUUUGACGGACAGAUAUCCGGAUCAUUCCAAUGGCGUCUGGCGUGCCAAUACCGAGAAUCCACGGUCAAAGUCGAAAGAAAUCAUCUUGUACAAGACGGAAUACUGUCGUAAUUGGAGCGAAAUGGGAUAUUGCAGAUACGGGAAAAAAUGUCGUUACGCUCAUGGUGAAAGCGAAUUGAGAUCCGUUCCUCGACAUAGUCUUUACAAAACGCAAAUCUGUCGUGCGUAUCAUUUGGAUGGGGCGUGUCCCUAUGGCAUUCGAUGCACGUUUAUCCACGACCGCGAAAUGGGACCUGAAACAAAACCAACCCAUACUGCAAGAGAAUCGGCCAUUACCCCACCUCCACCUCCUCCUUCUCCUCACGGCAGCCAUCACCAAGGCUUGAUGCCUCUGUCACCCUCUCCUUUGCCAGUUUCGCCUAUUUGGUCUUCCAAAUUGGUCCUGGUGCGGCCGCAGUCUCACAGCCAUCCGAAUCCGCGGUCGCUUCCUGGAACCACCCUGUCAUCCAGCGGCAGCACGGUUAGUAGCCUCAGCAGCCAUGGCAGCCGACACAGUACGGCUCCAUACGACGAACCAAGGAUGGAUUCUCUUAUUCCCAUAUCGUAUCUCUACUCCCAGCACCAUCAUGCACCCUUUUCACAUGUGGUUCAUCCGCUCCCCAACCCAUUACCGUUCUCUGCAGCAUUGUCCUCUUUCUCUUGA